UUGCAAUUGAUUCAGCAAUCACAGCAAAUCCCCAAAACCAAACCUCCAAAAAUGUUCAAAUUCGUCGCCUUCUUCGCCUGCCUGGCUGUGGCCGCUGCUGCUCCCGGUCUGAUUGCCGAGACCCACUCGAUUGUCCAGCCAGCGAUUCUGGCCAAGACCGCCUACGUGGACACCAGCGCCUCCUCGGCCAUCACCCACCAGAGCAAUGUGAACCUGGUGCGCAAGGUCCCUGUGGUCUACUCCGCCCCAGUGGUCCAUGCCGCCCCGGUGGUGCAUGCCGCCCCCGUGGUCCAUGCCGCUCCUCUGGUCAAGACUGUCAUCCCAGCUGCUCCUUUGGUCAAGACCGUCAUCCCAGCUGCUCCCCUCAUCAAGACUGUGGUGCCUGCAGCUCCCGUGGUCCACACUGUUGUCCCAGCCGCUCCCCUGGUCAAGACCGUGAUCCCAGCUGCCCCUCUGGUCCACUCCGUCCAGGUCCAGCCUCUGGUCCACACUGUGCACAGUGCCCCAGUGGUCUACUCCGCUUACCACAAGUGAAUCGAUUAAAAGCGUGCUG